UGCCUGGAGGCGGCUGCAGUUGGCUCCGCCCUGUGCCGACAUGGCGGCUCUCGGCGUAAACAAGGUCGGGGCCGGCGCGGCGUUGGAUGCCGGCCGGGGGCAGGGUAGUAGCCGCGGGCCGCCGGGGGCUGCUGUGAAGGUUUUGGAGUGCGGCGUCUGCGAAGACGUGUUUUCUUUGCAAGGCGAUAAAGUUCCUCGGCUGCUCUUGUGCGGCCACACUGUCUGCCAUGACUGCCUGACCCGCCUUCCUCUUCAUGGCAGAGCUGUUCGUUGCCCUUUUGAUCGACAAGUGACCGAACUGGGAGAUUCCGGUGUCUGGGGCUUGAAAAAAAACUUUGCUUUGUUGGAACUCUUGGAGCGACUGCAAAAUGGCUCAGCUGGCCAAUGUGGGACAACAGAAGAAGCUAUUGGCCUGUCUGGCGAGUGCAUCAUUCGCUGUGAUGAGGAUGAAGUUCACACUGCAUCUGUUUAUUGCACUGUCUGUGCUACACACCUGUGUUCAGAAUGUUCCCAGCUUACCCAUUCUACAAAGACACUAGCAAAGCAUAGGCGUGUGCCUCUUGCUGAUAAACCUCAUGAGAAGACCAUGUGCUCCCAACAUCAAGUGCAUGCUAUUGAAUUUGUCUGUUUAGAAGAAGGUUGUCAGGCCAGUCCCCUUAUGUGUUGUGUCUGCAAAGAAUAUGGAAAGCAUCAAGGUCAUAAGCAUUCUGUUUUGGAACCAGAAGCAAAUCAGAUCCGUGCAUCCAUUUUAGACAUGGCACACUGUAUAAGAACCUUCACAGAAGAAAUCUCAGAUUAUUCCAGAAAACUAAUUGGAAUAGUUCAACAAAUAGAAGGAGGAGAACAAAUAGUUGAAGAUGGAGUUGGAAUGGCCCAUACAGAACACGUCCCAGGCACUGCAGAGAAUGCUCGCUCCUGUGUCCGGGCCUAUUUUUCUGACCUCCAUGAAACCCUCUGUCGUCAGGAGGAAAUGGCUCUCAGUGUUGUUGAUGCACAUGUGCGAGAAAAAUUGAUUUGGCUUAGACAACAGCAAGAAGAUAUGACUAUCCUGUUGUCACAGGUUUCAACUGCUUGUCUUCACUGCGAAAAGACUUUACAGCAGGAUGACUGCAGAGUAGUGUUGGCCAAACAGGAAAUUACAAGGCUACUAGAAACAUUACAAAAACAGCAGCAGCAGUUUACAGAACUCGCAGAUCACAUACAGCUGGAUGCUAGCAUUCCUGUCACUUUUACAAAGGACAACAGGGUACAUAUUGGACCAAAAAUGGAGAUUCGGGUUGUGACUCUAGGGUUAGAUGGAGCUGGCAAAACGACUAUUUUAUUUAAAUUAAAGCAGGAUGAGUUCAUGCAACCUAUUCCAACCAUAGGUUUCAAUGUUGAAACGGUAGAAUAUAAAAAUCUGAAGUUUACCAUUUGGGAUGUUGGAGGGAAACACAAGUUGAGGCCUCUGUGGAAGCAUUAUUACCUGAAUACACAAGCCGUAGUGUUUGUUGUGGAUAGCAGUCACAGAGACAGGGUCAGUGAAGCUCACAGUGAACUUGCAAAACUACUAACAGAGAAGGAAUUGCGUGAUGCCUUGCUGCUGAUCUUUGCCAAUAAGCAGGAUGUUGCAGGUGCUCUCUCGGUAGAAGAAAUUACAGAAUUGCUGAGUCUGCACAAACUCUGCUGUGGCCGUAGCUGGUAUAUACAGGGCUGUGAUGCCCGAAGUGGCAUGGGUCUGUAUGAAGGACUGGACUGGCUCUCAAGGCAACUAGUAGCUGCUGGAGUGCUGGAUGUGGCUUAAUUUCACAACAGAUGCAAUUAAGUUUUAACAUAGCUAACUUAUUUGCAUGAUUUUGGAUGUUGUAACAAGGUCUGCAUUGUAAAGAUGAUGGCAACUCUUGUAUAGAACUGUGGUUACAGAAAAAAUCCUGAUUCACGUCCAGUCAGAGAUUGGGGAAUUGGUACAGUGAUUUGUGCAAUUGCUGUAGUUUUUUAAAAACAUGGUAGUGUAAUGAACCAAUGUGUUGGGCUGGAUGCAGGGUUGCCAUGGAAUUAUAUUUGAAAUCUAUGAAAGUAGGUUAUUACUUCCCGUUUGAAACUUUUUCUGCUAAAACGUGCUAAAAUUGGUCUGAGACUUGCAAUAAAGUCACAAUAGUUACUUUAAUAAUAUAAUAAACAUUUUACUUAUCCCAAAAGCCUCUUAGAAACCUUGAGCUGCACAGAAUAACAAACAAAACUCUAGCUGCUCAUGAGUAACCAGUGGUGCCACUUCUAAUACAUUUUUAAAAGGCAUUAGCUUAGACUUGUAUAAAACUCCAUGGUAAGAAACUACAGAAGGAAAGGGUUCCCCAUUGUAAGCUAUUAAAAGGAGGGGGCUGUAGAACUAGAAGACAGUGAGCCCGUUUCCUGCCUUGGAUCUUGCAGUUUUGGUGGGCGAUAGCAUUGUUUGACUACCAUUAGUAAUAAAAGGUAGAAGAAAGCAAAAGUAUGCAUAUUGAAAAGUCACGUUUUGUUCAUAAAUAAAUCAUUUUAGCUCAUUGAUAUAGAUGGGAGUUGUGUGUGCAUGCUCAAGAUCUUAUUUGUUUUUAGAGAUUAAACUUCAUCCUCAAGCUGAAUGAAGAUAAAAACUUCCUAAAGAAGCUGUGUAUUGAACUGUCAUUUCAGCUAUGUAUUUUACAUGUCAUGCUUCCAGAAAAAGGCAUUAGACUUAAAAUAUUGAAUAACCUGCUGUAAAAGCAGGGCACGCUAAUUAUAACUCUUACUUGGAACAGCAGAUUGUAAAAUCUGAUGGAAACUUUCUGUAUUUAGAUUCUAGUCAUUCUUUACAUACUGCAUCUUCUGCGUGUAACUGUCACUAAUGCCUCUAUUUUCAAGGAUUAUUCAUUCAUAAACCAGUAGAACCUUGGAGGCGUAUCUUGGUUUAAAUUUAGAGGGGGCUGGAAUAGCUUACUGAUGUCUCAUCUUCUGCUGCACACACAGUUCUGAUCACUGUUAAUCUGUGUGCUAUGCACACCUAGUAUAGAAUCCUCUGUCCCCUCGUUAACUGUAUGACCCUCUGAAUCGAAGAGGUCAUCUACUAGCAUGGAGUAGAAGUAGCAUGGAGAGGGUUUAGACAUGGCCAGUGGAUUGAAACUGCAUAUCCCUAAGCUGGCAGCAUCUAUUGGUGUUGGGAGGAAAUUGUACUGCAGAAAUAGCAGCUUUGCCUUACAAAUGGGCCCAGUUUCUUUCUUGUUUGCUUGGGUGGAAGCCCUAAACUUCUCCCUAACCCCCCCCCCCCCCCCCCAUGGUAAUCAUUUGCAGCUGUGGCCGUUUUAUUGCAUUCAUAUAUAUUUUGUAGUAAUAUCCCACUACGUACUUCAGUAAAGCAAAGAAUGUAUAAAAUAAUUUAGUGCAUUUGCACUUUUUCUUUCAAGAGGAAGCAGUUCUGGUAACUACUUCCUCCUAAUGACACUUGUUUAUAGUUGCCUUUCUUCCUUAAAUUUCAUAUUAUUGAUGUUAAACAUAGCUUCAGUUUUAGCAAGAAUUUAACUUACAACUAAAGGGAUAAGCUUCACUAUUCUAAAACCAUGGAUGCCAAAUUAAAGCUUGUAGUAUUUUAGAAAUGGCUUAAAUUUCAUACACAUUGGAAAGCUGAGAGGGAGGCUAAACUUUUCUCUCAGAACCUGAGAAUAAAUAUUGUGCUUAGUUUACAGUAGCUGAAAGGUUUUUGCUGCUGUAAGCAAACUGAACAUUGUUCACACUUUCCAGCCUGCAAUUUCUUUGCACAGUAGUUAGUUGGCUGCCCCAGCUGACUACGUGCAUGGCCUGCUUUACAGAUCCAGCUCAUAUCUGGUUGACUGACUGCCCUGUCAUAAUUCAAAUGCGCCUAGCAGAAGUUGUUUAGAACAGAUGCUUGCUGGAAGACUCUUAAUGAUGAAAACGUAUUAAUUUUUUAAACUUUAUUUUACUUAUUAGUACAUCCUUAUUCUUCAGUGGCUUCAGUUGUACAUGCUCUCAAACUCUGCUGUUACUGUUCUAGCUUUCUCUUGUUACUGUUUUAAAGCACUCAACAAACCCAGUCUGUUUGGUAAGAGCUUGUAGAGAAUUACAUAUUUGGGGAAGAAUGUGUUAGUCUCAUUUUGAGUACAAAAGGAUUUUGUGAUAAGUGUGGGAUGCUUGCGUAAAAGUGUUUUUUCCAUGGAAAUUAUUUAAUGUGACUGAUUCAAGUAACUGUGAAAAACAGGUGUUGCAUUUGUCUGUGAACUCAAGUGUUUUCUUGUAUCAUAAAUUAAUGCUAUAUAUAAACUAUUUCAGUUGUAAAUUAA